AUGUCUGAAAGCGACCAAAAAUUUGCCAGAAUGGAAAUAUUAGAAACUUUAAAGCUAUGUAAUUUUUGCAUCCGCAGGGUUGGAUUAUCAUUCAUCGACGAAGUACCUUUAACGGUUUUAGCUAAAUUAAAAAAGUACUUUUUGUUUAUUUUCUCAUCGUCGAUGUUAGUUCUGAUGCUCGCUGGCGAGGUGGCCUACGUUGCUGGGCAGAUGAUAAAUUCUGCUUCUAUUGAAGAAUUCGUUGGAAGCUAUUUACACAUUGCGGGAUACGAUACGAUGAGCUUCGGGAAGUUGAUAACGAUAUGGUAUAAACGAAACACCUUCAAGCAGUUAGUUGAGGAACUGGCAGUCAUAUGGCCUGUUUCGAUUAAGGAUGAAGUAGCAGCGCAAAUAAAACGAGACAGCCUGUCCGCUUUAAAGCUAAGACAAUUUUUAUACGCUUUUUGGAAUGUUCUCGGAGUUUGGUUGUACAAUUUAACGCCAAUUGCCAUUCUUUUGUACCGAAAAAUGCGAGGGACUCCUGGAGAGCUUGGCUUCGUAUGGCAGCUUCUUUAUCCUUUCGACAAAACCCAACCAAUCUUCCAUGAAAUAGUUUAUGUUUUCGAAACAUUUUCAGGGGUUAUAUCAGUAUGCUGUAUGCUCGGCUCAGACCUGUUAUUCAUGACAAUGUCCAGCCACAUUAGCAUGUUGUUACGUCUAUUGCAAGUGCAGAUACGUCGCUUAGCUACAACCGAGGGGAGCAAUUACGAAUCCGACAAUGACUGCUACGAUGAAAUCAUUUCAGUAGUAAAAAUACACCAGAGACUCAUUUUCUACAUCAAUGAUCUUGAGAAUGCUUUUUCGGUCGUUAAUCUCAUAAACGUCCUCCUCAGUUCUGUUAAUAUCUGCUGCGUCGUUUUUACGAUCGUGUUUCUACAGCCCUGGAUGGAAAUGAGCGAUAAGUUUUUCUUAGGAGCUGCUCUGACUCAAAUGGGAAUCGUUUGCUGGUACGCUGACGAUAUUUAUAGAGCGAGCGUGGGCGUAUCUGACGCGGUGUAUGAAAGCGGUUGGUACAGAACCAACACCCGUUGCCGGCGGGCGCUCCUGGUCGUACUUCAAAGGUCGCAAAAACCUUUGUAUUUCACUGCUCUGAAAUUUCGUUCAAUCACAAUGACCACCUAUAGCUCUAUACUUACCACGGCUUAUUCAUAUUUCACACUUCUCUACACUUCGUAUCGCCGUAAUUGA